UACAGAACUCCUAUUGCAUCUCUUUUCUUUUAUAAAAGCCAAAGGAGAUGUCAUUCUUUGUAGUAACGCAACGAAAAAGAAUACAGCUUUUGCAGGUUGCAACAUGGAGGAAUGCUUGAAGGUUGGACCGUGGGGAGGUAAAGGUGGAAACCAAUGGAGCUUCAAGGCCAAUAAGGGUGGGAUCACUGAGAUAAUAAUUUUUCAUGGAGGUGCCAUCGAUUCAAUUUCAUUGAAAUGUGGUGAUCAAGAUGGUGUACUCCAGAAUUCUAAUAAGAUUGGUGGUAAUGGCGGCCAUCGAAAUGACAAGAUAUUGCUUGACUGGCCUCAAGAGUACUUGACAUCCAUUAGUGGUACAGUUGCGGUUUACUCGAACUAUACUGUAAUCCAUUCCCUACGUUUUUAUACAAAUAAGACCGAGUAUGGACCCUAUGGAUCUGAGAAAGGUACACCAUUCUCCUUACCUAUGGAGGGUGGCGUAAUUGUUGGAUUCCAUGGUCGUGCAGGUCAUUAUGUUGAUGCCAUUGGUGUCUAUGUAAAAACAAUGCAGCGAGAGUUGGAGAAUAAGAUGAAAGCGGUUGUACCUCGAGGACCUGGGCCGUGGGGUGGGCAUGGUGGGAAGGAAUGGGAUGAUGGAGUUUUUUCUGGAAUCCGGGAAUUGCAUUUGCACGUUGGAGAUUCAGUGAUUCAUGCCAUACGUGUGUUGUAUGAAAGUAGAGACGGGAAGCCUGUUUGGUCACACAAGCAUGGUGGAGCAGGCGGUGAUAAAAUUAAUACAAUAAAGUUUGAUAUAUCAACGGAAUUCUUGGUUGGCGUUGUGGGAUUUUCUGGACCUGUAAAAGGGACUGAUAACUUUGAAGCCCUGCGGUCCAUUACAUUCUACACAAACAAUGGCAGAUAUGGGCCCUAUGGUGAUGAGAUUGGUCAUGCUUUCACAUCAAGUGUUGCUGCAGGAAAGGUUGUAGGUUUCCAUGGAAGAAGUGGUGUCUAUUUAGAUGCGAUAGGAGUGCAUAUGGAAUACUUUUGAACAUGUUGCUUGAGAAUGAGCUUUCAUAAAUAAUCUAUUGGUAGUAGAAUGUGUUUCUUUUUAAUUGGGUUGAAGUGAUGAAUCGGAACAAAAUAUCAACUUAAAGAAAGUGAGAGACACUUUUCCUCUUCUUCUUUAAAUUGGAGGAUAAUAGCAUGAUUCCAUGGGUGAUUUGAAAAUUGUUGUGGUGCUGUUGUUGUCCUGUUUA